GAGAGGGAGUGCUCCCUUCCAAGCCUUUAUAUUGAGAAGCCAAGAUGCGACCCUCAUACACAAGGCUCCCAGGAGGCAAAGAGCAGCGAGGCCCCCACCCUAGACGAGCACACAUCUUGUAGAGCUCUCGUCCUUCACGUUAGCCUCCCGGGAACAUCACAAGGGCUACCCCGCGACACAAACUCACUACAAUGGCGCCCCCCAACCUUUGCGUCCUGGUGGCCGCCGCGGCUUCUGUCCGGACGGUCCUGCUUGGCUUCCUCCUCCUCGUCCAGGUGUCCUUGGCUACAGGUACUUCAGAUAUAGUGUUAGCACAUAACAUAACCUGGAAAUCCAUCGAUUUCAAGACCAUAUUGGAGUGGGAGCCCAAACCAGUCAAUUAUGUCUACUCAGUUGAGAUAAGUACCAGAUGGGGAGAUUGGAAAAAGAAAUGUUUUCAAAUUAAAAAAACAGAAUGCGAUCUCACAGAUGAGAUGAAAAAUGUAAGGGAAACAUAUAUUGCUCGAAUCCUUUCUGAAAAACCAGAAAAGUCAGACGGGGAUCCCGAAGAAUCCCUGCAUGCUAAUGCACCCUACUUCAUACCUUACGUGGAUACAAACCUUGGGCAGCCAAGAAUUCAAAGUUUCGAACAAAAUGAUACAAAGCUGAAAGUGACAGUUCAAGAUUCCAUUACAUCAUUUAGACAUAAUGGGACCUUCCAAACCCUCCGUCAGAUUUUUAACCAGGAUCUAACUUACACACUUUAUUACUGGAGGGCUUCAAGUACUGGAAAGAAAUCAGCAAAUACGGGCACAAAUGAAUUUUUGAUUGAAGUGGACAAAGGAGAAAGUUAUUGCUUCAACGUUCAGGCGGUCAUUCCAUCUCGGAGAGCAAAGCAGAAGAGUCCAGAAAGUGCAAUUCUAUGUACCAGCCAAGACAAAGUUGUGUUUAAAGAAUUGUUUUUCAUAGUUGGAGCUGUAGUUUUCGUCAUCAUCAUCCUUAUCAUCAUCCUCUCGGUGACACUAUACAAGUGCUCCAAAGCAAGAGCUAAACGGGACAAGAAGGAAAACACACCACUUAACGUUGCAUGAAGGAGACACCCUUACUACCAUACUACCACUGUUGACUACUGCAGAAGCUGCACCUUACUGUGAUGGGAAAGCUGAUGGUACUCAGAAGACAACACAACUCUGGGGAGAAUUGCUAUAGUAGAGCUUGGGAAGGUAGCCUUUGAGUUCAAAGGGGAAAAAAUCCUGUUUCUGUUUCUUACUGCACUCAUCAUUCCUGUUUAGAUAUCUCCCUAACCCAUUUUGGAAAUCAGUGAAUGGUACAGCCAGCUUCUCAAAUUUUACUUUAUUUUUUUUUUAACACUAUCACUCCUGAACUUGUCAGAUUUUUAGACUCUGUAAUCUUGCAAGUCGAAAUCUGGUCUCUAGGCCUUUUGAAGCACUGAGUGGAUUUUGGAAGACUCAGUGAGAGGCUGAUUCGAAACCGUGCAAGAAAGCAGCCCGUGCCAUGGAUAGAUCUGCUUCUACCAUGUGUCAAUCUAGAUUUCUGCAUCCUGCAAGUUUGGAAAGGCAGAGGUUUUCAGAGAUGCAUUUUUACAAUAAGACUUGGUGGUGUUUGUGCUGGUCACAUUCUUCCUUUUCCUUUCUCUGCCACUCUGUAAGUCCAGGAAAGGAAAAGAUAGACACGAGGGGAAGGAAAACUCUCCACUUGCCUAAAGGAAACAUCAGCACAACUGUGGACUACUACAAAUGCUGCAUGUGGACCAGACUGACAUGAACACAUUUGUUAUGGACACUUUAAAACCAGUGGCCUGAGUGUUGGGCACCAUUCUAAUAUGCCAGAAGGUUUAGCACUUUAACAGACCUAAAUAAUGUUGCUUAAACACUUGACAGAUAUUCUAUUUUUGUAAUAAGACUACUAUAUAAAUGAACUGUCUCAGUUAUGAUUUGAGGUACUUUAGGCCCUCAGGGUCGGUGUCUAUUAUAUGUGUUGUCUGUGUUUAUGGAAAGGUUUUGUAUUUGGGGAUUUUCUAUUUAUGUCUAUAAUAUAUAUUUGUAUAUAUUGCAGUA